AUGAGACUUUCAAUUGAAAACUUUAUUACAAUCGCACUUUAUUUAUCAUCAACUAUUGCAGCACCAAUUGGUUUAGGUAAUGUUACUUCAAAUUCCAAUAGUACAUAUACCGAUAUUAGAUUUAGAAAACCAGCACCAGAAGAUGAUAUUGUGAUUUCAUUGCCACAAAUUCCUUCAACUUCAUCGGAUUCUUUAGAUGGUGUUGUUCCUGUUCCUGUUGAUGUUCCUUUAAAUAAACAAAGACAAACAUUUACAAUUCCAAAAGAUUUAUUAAUUAUUGAUCCUGAAAGAGAAACCCAAUAUGAAAUUACAAUUCCAGUUGAACCAAAGGAAGAUGGUAGUUUCCAAAUUACACUUCCAUUUGAACCAAAUUCAUCAACUGAUAAUAAUAAUAAUGAUAAUGAUAAUAAUGAAAAACAUCAACUUUCCAAACGUGGUAUUGUUAUGGCUGUUCCAAGAUUUCUUUAUUAUUGUCACCUUUUCAGAGAGUUUGGUCAUGUUCCAUGGCAAAUUGCUCAAAUUCCAGACAGAAUUUUAUUACAUGUUGUUGAUAAAUUAGUUGAAGCUUAUAAAGAUGAAGAACCAAUGAUGGAUCAAGGUGAAAAACUUUUGAAAAAAGUAUUCAAAAGUGUUAUGGGACCAUUAAAAGAAGAAUUAAAUUUAUAUCUUGAUGGUAUGAAGAUGGAUACCAAUUAUUUUAUUCAUUAUUUCUUAAGAGCUGAUAUUAGUAGAGUUGAUAAACUUAAUAUUUUAGUUUGUCUUUUAGCUGAUCUUGAUGUUCCUGAUGUUCUUUUACCAAAAGAAUGGCCAGAUUAUAUUAAGGAAAGAGAAUAUGAUUAUGAAGUUAUUGAUGAGGCUUUAGAUUCUUCUAAUGGUACUGUUAGUAAUUCCACUUUACCAGCUAUUGCUUCUGCUCUUAUUUAA